GCUCUUUAAGAGAACAGGUGCGUCCUUAGCAGGUAAUAGUGAAGACACAGGAAGUAAAGUCACUUGUUAGCAAACACAAACCGAAACGGAGCAUUAUUUUACCAAAACAUGAACAUGAAGGCAAAAUACCUUGACCGGCCCGACUGAAGACAUGAGACAACCUUUGCUCCUUCUCCGUCUGUCGUUGGCAGUCCUCCUCUCUGCCAACGUGCUGGCUCAAGAGCAGGUACAGAUCCAGUUCCAGACCGACCCGGUGCUGGUUCCAACUGGUUCUGAGAUAGUGUUCACGGUGCUGACAGUGUCCCAGAUUUUCUCCAUGAAAUGGCAGUUCCAAGUAACAGUCACUGUGGGUCAGUGGACCUCAGGAACCCCGGCGGUUAACCCGGGAACCCAGUUCGAGGGCAGGGUCACCAUCACUGCCAACCAGCUCCGAAUCGGAGGCGCCCAGCUCCGAGAUGCGGGCGACUACACGGUGGAGGUGACCCCCGAUGCUACAACAGGCCUCGCUACUAACUCCAGAUCGAUACAGCUGAGGGUGUUUGAUACAGUGGCAGGGGUGAGUAUGGUCGUUCCCUCGGUGGCGGUGGAAGGGAGAAAUCUGUCUCUGAUGUGCAGAUGGACCGCUGGGACAGAUAUUACAGUCCAGUGGGGCAAAGGAGGCGCCACAGUCACCAACGACUCCAGGAUCACCGUCUCAGGUGGCUCUCUGGUCAUCAACCCAGCCACACGGGGAGAUGCCGGGGAUUACUCUUGUACCGUCAGCAACCUUGUCAGCGCCCAAACUGCCACCCAGAGAAUCACUGUCUACUAUGGCCCCGACACCCCCGUGCUAACCAAGGAGACGCCGAAAGAGUGUGUCGGGGGAGGGGAUGUGUUGGUGGGACAGGAGGUGCGUCUCACCUGCAUGUCUGACUCGCUGCCCCCUGCCCUCUUCUCAUGGCAACGUGACGGACAGACGGUCGCAUCCGGCCAGCCGGACAGCGGGGUGCUCAGCGUUCAGACUUUCUCAACGGAUGAGAGCGGCCGGUACGUCUGCACGGCCAGAAACCGCAUCACCGGAGGCACGUCGGUGCAGGGCACAGACUUGGCCAUCGUAGACACUUGUCUAAAUGUCGGGGAAGUGGUGGGGAUUGUGAUUGGCUGUUUGCUGCUGCUCCUAAUCAUCGCGCUCCUCAUCGUGCUCAUUGUCUUUCUCAUCCGAAGGAGGAGGGCACAGAGACAAAGUGAUGCUACUUUGCUUGUGCAGAAGACCAACCCAAAUCCCAGGCCUAUACCUGCAGAUCCACAAACUAAUGGUGCAAGGGAUUUGGGCCAAGGACCCCACCCCCCCCUCUAUCACGUGAACACACACACACGCCAUCCCGACCGCUUGUACACAGCCCCGCAUGAAAGCCGAGGCAACCCACAGACCCUGCCGCUGAACGGGCUGCAUUACUCCGACACACACCAACACAAUGGUCGUACCCACACAAAUGGACUCCUACACAAUGCCUCUCAGAACGCCAAUUCAUACCCACACAAUGGCAUUGACAACCGGGCUUUCACGCACACUGAUGCUCAGAAUGCAAACACUCUUCCCGAAUACUCAGCAGCAAAAUCCUAACAUUCUCAUACAGACUGGCACUGCCCAGGGCGGCGCCCAGCAGCCGGGGGUCCACCUCAGCCUUAACACGCUGCCACAAAGUGGCCAGCAAAGCAACAAUGCACAAAUGCCCACCAUUCAUGUCAAUCUUAACUCAUACCCAACCAACGGCCAACAGACUCAGCAAGACAGCUCAUUUCCUGUCUCCAAUGUAGCCACUAAUAACGCUUUGCAAACCCAACCCAACGUAACGCAUACAGGGCAAUCACAUCCCAGAAUGCAAAAUGGGCAGUCCUAUCCUAGUGACCCCCAGCUGAAUGGUCACAUAGAAGCAGGUCACCAAGAUCAGCCCGGACUUGUCCCGACUGGAUACACACACUAUAACGGUAAUAACACUCCUCAGCGAAACGCCAACACACAGACGUACCAGCGGGAGCCGGAGCCUCGUCGCAGGUCUGAUAGAAACUCAUGGGAUCUCCUCAGAGGGACGCCAGCGUAUCCCCACGGCACACCUCAAAGAGGACAGACAUCACCUGAGUACACCUCUGACACUACAGACUACACCUACCAUCCUCCCAUACCAGAGGCAAGAACACCAAGCAGAUCUCAGCUUCGACUUCAGAGCCAAACCACUUCCCGGAGCCGAGCUCGGUCCAGACAAGAUUCGCCAUCAGAGGACAGACGGACACGGAGCCGUUCAGCUGAUCUUCGAGGCCCAAACACUCGCAGUGUAACACAGCUUGAAGCUGAACCCCGCACACAGAGAAGCGGCCACACACAAAGGAAGAGCGCUCAGCGAGACAUCAGAGGUUCGCCUGGUAGCCAGAACGCCCCCAGGCAGGAAGCCACACACAGCAAUAACCCCCAGGCACUGCCUCUCAGGAGCCAGCAGGCCUCUGUGGGCCGCUCUGCUCUGUCACAAGGACCCACGACACAACAGGGACCGGCUGCAACGUGGGGUACAGAUUCAAGAGCUUUGGCUGAUCCUAAUCACCUUCCACAGGCACACAGAGCAGUACCGAUCCAAACACUACCACAAGGCCUGGGCAAACACACACAGCCUGUCAUAAAUGGUGCCAAUCAUCCUCGCCAAGGAAGCACUGCUCCAAUCCCAAACUCUUCUGCUCAGCGUGAUGCCAGUAACCUAACCCAGGCUGCACUUACAGCCCACACUGAGAGGGCUCAAACAUUUCAGAAUCGGAAACUACAGACCCAGGCUGCCCUGCUUCACCCCGGACCACAGGUACGUGUUCCUGCUGCCGGGGCUCAGCAGCCACCACCUCCUCCUCCUGUUAUUCCCCUCACACAGUUCCAGCACCUCCCCAGGAAGCACACCCAGCACAAAUCCCCAAUUAGAGGGCCUCAGCCUCCCAGAGCUCCUGUUAACAUACCGGUGGCUCAACGACACCUACAAGUACAACAGCGGACCACCAACCAUCAUCACCAACGUGGACAUGGCCACUUGCAUGUCGAUGAACGCAGGCAUGCCCAUGGCCAGGGGCACCCUGCCCACUUCACCCACCCACAGCAGCAUCAGGCUCACAGAGGGAGACCAAGAUGAUGACAGAUGUCAGCAGACUACACUACAACUGUCCCGCAUCCAGUGACAAACAAACAGCUGACAGACGGGAUCCAAAGCACCACCAGCAAGACUGACUUCACGAGGUUCUGCUCUCAAAAACGCUGUCAUACCCUGGGAUCUCAGUCAGUCAGUUUUUUUUUGUGAAAGAAAGUGAACAUGUCUCCCAUGGGGAUGAUACAAAGUUACUUUUAGUGCUGCUUUCCUAGAAAUAAUUGACACAUUAUGUCAAAGAAGGAGGCUCAAUUUGCACCUUUUUAUAAGAAUGUACUAAAUGAGCUACAUUAUACUGAGUGCUUUUUAGAUAAAAUGCCACAUACACACACACACACACACACACACACAUACACACACA